AUGGAGGGUUCAUGGCCUCAGCAUAAACGAAGAAAGAUUGAGCACACAAUAGUUGAUGACCUGUCUUCUUCACGGGACUUGAUAGAAAGUGUAGAGCAUAGUCCAAAGGCCGUACUAGAAUCUCAAGGCCUUUCAAUUUCUCAGGAGGAUGUUGGGAAAUCAAUUGUCAGUAGGAGUCCAGUUGAAGAAUCACAUCAAAAUGAGGAUCACCAAAUGAUAGAGAGGUCUGAAUCUUCACCUAAAGCACAUAUGAAAGAGGGUGAAAUCAGCAUGGGAGAGGGGGACAGAAGUGGGAAUGCACCUUUCACUUUUAUGCAUGAAGAAUUGGAAGCAUCACUUCUCUUGAGUUUGAUGAAGCAGGCUGCUGGCCAGUCUCAAGAUUGUUUGAUGGAGGAAACAGGAGUAGCACAUCCAACUAGCACUAUUGUUGAUACAGGAAGUCCAUGCAUAGAAGAGAACCAUGUUUCUCUUCCUCUUGAGGAUAAUCUUACACUAGGAAAUGUUGAAAAUUGGACUUACGCUGGAAGAGCCAUGCAGGAAAAGAGAUUUGAUCUUGGGGGGACCAGAAAAUUUUCAUAUUUUUCAGUUGGUUCUCCACGUGGCCAAUCCUUGGAUUUGAUUGGUGGUGAUGAUACAAAGCCUGAGCUUGAGGGAGGGCGGAGUGGAUAUGAGGACCACCUUGCCUAUGAUGAUGCUGUCAAGCCAUUAAAGGAUGGUAAUAGUUGCUUGAGUGAGGAAGUUGGCCAGGCGUUUAAUGGAAGGUCCUAUUCUGAUUGCCUACCAAAUCGUUGUGGUCAAUCUGGUUGGGACGUUAAGAAGCCUUACAUAUCACCAGUUGGGAAACUCUGGGAUAGAACGCUUCAAGCACUAGCAGUUCAGGGAAGCGAGGGAGCUUAA